ACCUGGCUGUUGGCGCCAGUACUGUUACAGGUGUUCGGCGAAGGCCUUCAACCCAUCGCCUACGAGUCACGAAAGCUGAAUCCGGCCGAGCGAAAUUAUCCCGUCCACGACAAGGAGUUACUCGCCAUCGUUCACGCGUUCAAGGUUUGGCGCUGCUACCUGACGGGCGCUGAUGUGACAGUCCGAACAGACCACAAAUCGCUACAGUUCAUCCGCGCCCAACCGACACUCAACCCCCGACAGAUUCGCUGGCUCGAUUAUCUCGACCUGGCAGCAGUACGGCACACCUCUGCAUCGGACGGCCAGACUGAGCGCACCAAUCAGACGAUGGAGCAGUUGAUUCGUACAACGUGCACAGACCCGGCCCAGUGGGAAGAUUCUCUUCUACUGAUCGAGUUUGUGUACAACAACGCCCCAUCAGCCACGACUACUCAGUCCCCGUUCUUCCUUAAUUACGGGAUAGACCCGACAACCCCUCUAUCGCCACCGAUCGAAAAUCCGGCACCCAGAUCGCAGCAGUUCGUCGAAAACCUCCGACAGUCUCAGCAAAAAGCCGCCGAUGCCAUUUUCAAAGCCAACCAAUGGGCUAAGCAGCAAGCUAACCGACGAUGCCAUGACUUAAACCUUGCCCCUGGGCAAUUGGUCCUGCUCGACACUCGAAAUUUGGGGAUGCCCCUCCCAAAUAAACUACAACCAAGAUUUUGCGGCCCAUUCCGCAUAAUCCGCAUGGGGUUCUGCAGAAGAGUUGCUGCUGGUGCUGCUCUGUCUCUCUCCUCCACCUCGACCACUCCACUCAACCGCGCAGCCAGUCCCAUCUAGUAGAUCGAUAGCCAUGCCAGCGUUCCGUGAUCAGCUGAUAGGGCUCGAUCUUGCUUGUUAGCUGCUUGCAGCGGUAGAUUUCGUCCCUUUGAUUUUAUCAUGGAGCCUACUCGUACUCGUCCGGUUCUGAGGCGAUAUCCGCGUGGUGCUACUCCUACAGAGCCCGAAUCCUUUUAAUGUCUAGUCUUUCGCGUCUCUGCUGCUAAUUCCUUUGUCCUUCGACCCCGUCAAGCUUAUGUGCUUUUUUCAGAUUCACUGUUGAUUUAGCUGCUUUAACGAUCACCGUCCGAUUGGAAACAAUCCGUCUCCUCUCUUUCCUUACCAGAAAUUUCUCCAUCGCCAGCGCCUUCAGUUAGAUGCUAUCGCCGAUCGAGAUUCUAGGUGUUUCUACUGGCCCUAGCCUGUCGUUCUUAGACUUCCCUAGCGGUUCCGCCGUCCUAGUCAAUCCUAGCCGUCCCCAGUCGAUCUCAGCCGUUCCUAGUGGAUUCCAGCCGUAGAUCCAGACAGACUUCUAGCCAUGGGAUCUGCGUACAACCCUUCCCACUAUUACUCACAGCAGCAGCAGCAGCAGCAGCAGCAGCAACAGCAGCCGCAGCAGCCCUCAGGUGGACCUCAGGCCAGCACGCGGCAGUUCCUUAACGGCAUCUUGGAGCAGCGAGGUCCCGGGCUUUGCCUUAUAACGAGGGCGACAAGUGGCUCAUUCGCGAGCAGCUCGCGUUCACUAUUCAGACCUUCUCGGGCCUGCAGGUCCGUCCCGCCACGUUUACGCACAACGACGGGCGGCAGGUGCAGCUGCUACAGCUGGAGGGCACCAUACCCAUGUGGUACAAGGAGAUAAAGUACAACAUCCCCGUCACCAUGUGGCUGCUAGAGCAGUUUCCGCGCGCCGCUCCCCUCGUUUAUGUCACGCCCACGCGGGAUAUGAUCAUCCGGCCUAAUCACUCGCACGUGAACGCCUCGGGGCUGGUCGACGUGCCGUUUCUCCGCGAGUGGGUGUACCAGCGCUCGACCUUAGUCGAUCUGCUACAGGUCCUGUCGGUUAUGUUUGGCAAGAACCGCCGCUCUACUCCCGCUCGCCCGCGCAAUCCGCCGCCGCGGCGCAAGCGCGGCCACCAGGUGCGCGAGCCGGCGGCGCUGGCGGAGCAGGGGGGGGAGGCGCGGGGAAGUCCGCGCACAGCAGCAGCAGCAGCAACAGCACCCCCAACACCAGCAGCAGCAGCAGCAGAUGUCGCCUCCUCCGCAGGCAUUCUCUGGCGGUGUUGCACCCCCGCCCUUAUCCCCGUCCUCGGCGUUCCAGGGCACAAACCCCAUGCACAUGCACGGCCCACCUUCGUCGGGUUCAGACAGGGGCCGUAUUGCGGCGA